UCCCGGAGUGAUUGACCAUCGUCAGAAGUGAGCAUCGGAUACAACGACAGAAGAAAUCCCGGAGUGAUUGACCAUCGUAGGAAGGAAGUAUCGGCAACUGAUACCGAGGAUAAAGCGACACCUGCUGGAAUGUUUCUGAACGGCUAUAAAAGUGCAUCUUCACCGGCUGUGAUGGAAACCGUGACCACGGCAGUGGGCUCACAGCGGACUCCCACAGCUCAGCCGUUAAAGAAUACUCAUCGUCACCGUAAAAUCCCAAGGUGUGCCCAAAGGACCAUACAGAAAAGAAAGCGCUUGUUCUCGGGGCAGGCUGCAAACCCUUCAGAGCAUCAGGGGUGUAAGGAGACGGACCAGCCCAGUAACCUGGCAGAUACAACCGAGCCUCUGCAGAAGAGACCAAGAACAGGAAGAAGUCCAGAGGAACCCGCUACCCAACCUAUUAUACGUCUUUCCAAAUCACAUUGGACGAAGGCGUAUUUGGAAGGAGAACUGCUGGGUGCAGGAGGAUUUGGCUGUGUGUUUGCUGGGAUACGGAAAGAAGACGGAUUGCCAGUUGCAAUCAAGUUUGUCUCCAAGAUGAUGCCGUAUGAAAAACUGCAGCUUACAGAAUAUGGAUGGCUCCCCGUUGAGAUAGCGCUGAUGGUCCUUGCGAACAGCAAACCUUGCUCAAAAAUCCUCAAGAUUCUGGACUGGUACGAAGAGCGAAAACGCUACGUUGUCAUUCUGGAACGGCCUGAACCAUGUCUGGACCUCGAGGAAUUCUCCAGCAAGCAAGGUGGAUGUUUGACGGAGUCCGAGGCUUGCAUUGUGAUGUGGCAGCUGAUGGUGGCGCUGAAGCAUUGUAAGAGCCAGGGGAUACUGCACCGUGAUGUCAAGCCAGAAAACAUCCUGAUUCAGACCAACACGUGGCAAGUCAAGCUGUUUGACUUUGGUUGCGGAGACCUCGUCAAAGACUCCUACAAUUACUUUGCAGGCACACGUCAAUAUGCCCCUCCUGAGUGGUUCGUACAGGGGCAGUAUCGGGCAGACCCAGCUACCGUCUGGUCUGUGGGCGUGACGCUGUACAGGCUGGUGUGUGGCUGUCUGCCUUUCAGGACCCCUGAGGAAACCAAAACUGGCCAUUUGUUCUUCCCCGAAAGUCUGUCUCAAGGCAAGAAAGUACAAAGACUGAUAAGCUAUGGACUAAUUAAUAGCAGACUGAACUAUACCUUAUACACAGACUUGAGCAGAGAAAGAAAGUGCAGCGAUCUGAUCCGUUGGUGUCUGAGCCCCGAUGCAGAAGACAGACCCAGCCUGCAGCAAAUAGAGCUUCACCACUGGUUUAACUUACCAGAUUAG